UCUUGAUUCGUAAAUCAUCCCAGGUCAUAAUAGAAAAGGAAACAAUUGUUGAUAUUUGAUUUGAAGACAAGAAAAUAUGAAGAUACUGGUAACUGGCGCAUCGGGAUAUCUAGGAGGACGGCUGUGCCACGCUUUGGUGAAACGCGGCUACACCAUCAGAGCCUUGGUCCGGCGAACCAGUGACCUCUCUGGACUUCCUUCAUCUUCACCCACCAAUGGCGCUUCUCUGGAACUUGCAUACGGCGACGUCACCGACUACCCAUCCCUUCUAGAUGCCUGCUCUGGCUGCGACGUCAUCUUCCACACCGCUGCACUCGUCGAACCCUGGCUUCCAGAUCCUUCCAGAUUCGUCUCUGUCAACGUUGGGGGUUUGAAGAACCUGUUGCAAGCAGCUAAGGAGACGAAGACAAUUAAGAAGAUCAUAUACACGUCGUCCUUCUUUGCUAUCGGUCCUACCGAUGGAUAUAUCGCCGAUGAGAAUCAGACUCAUCCGGAGAAAUUCUUCUGCACGGAGUACGAGAAAUCAAAAGCCGCCGCGGACAAGAUUGCUUUGCAAUCUAUAGCUGAGGGGGUGCCAAUUAUUCCAGUAUAUCCCGGUGUAAUUUAUGGUCCUGGCAAGCUUACCACCGGCAAUGUUGUUGCUCAAUUAAUAAUUGAACGAUUUAAUUGGCGAUUACCUGGUUACAUAGGGCGUGGAAAUGAUAGGUUUUCUUUCAGUCACGUGGAUGAUGUAGUGGAGGGUCAUAUUGCAGCCAUGGAAAAGGGUCGACCUGGGGAAAGAUAUUUACUUACCGGAGAAAAUGCAUCAUUCAGGCAUGUUUUCGACAUAGCUGCCAUUAUCACUGGAACUGCUACGCCUAAAUUCAACAUCCCUUUAGGAUUGAUUGAAGUUUAUGGAUGGAUUUCUGUUCUUUUUGCUCGAAUUACAGGAAAGCUUCCUCUCAUUAGUCCCCCGACUGUGCAUGUUUUAAGGCAUCAAUGGGCAUAUACUUGCGACAAGGCCAAGUUGGAGUUGGAUUACACACCUAGAAGCUUGAAAGAUGGACUAGAAGAAAUGCUCCCCUGGUUGAAGAGCUUGGGAGUAAUAAAAUACUAAACUUGAUCUCACUCACUGGGAAGGUGAGAAGUAUUCGAUUAAAUGCGGAGUGGAACCCGUGUUGUUAGUCUUGUAGAACUUUCUGUUUGAAGCAUUAGCUGGUAAUGGCGAUUAUAAGAGCUGGUUCACUUCUUUCUUGA